AUGAGUGGGAGUAGCACGAUCGACAUUCCGCGCAACGUCCUCGACGCCGUGCGCAAGUUCCGACUAAAGCCCUCGUCGCACCUCACCGCACUGGUGUUCAAGAUCGACAAGGCGACGCUCACGCUCGGGCUCGAAGAGACGCUUGACUCGGGUCUCACCUCGAUCCCAGACCUUCUUGAAGAAUUGCCUGAGAACUCGCCUCGAUUCGUGGUGGUCAACUACAAACUCAACCACCGCGAUGGUCGCAUUUCCUACCCGUUGUUCUUGCUCUACUGGGCGCCACAAACGAGCUCGCUCGAACAGAGCACGCUCUACGCCUCGGCGCUGAGCAACUUUAGCGUGCAGGCGGAUGUGGCCAAGGUGAUCGAUGUGCGCGAUCCAGACGUGUCGCCCGAGUCGAUCGAUCAACGUCUAGGCGCCUAG